AUGGGUAAAGCCACUCGACGAAUGCCGCCACCACGUCUCCCUGACCGAACGGAAUUAUUACUCGAACGACGUGACAAACCGAGAGCCGGACAUCCCGCCGACUACGCCUCAUUAUCGCGAUAUCUGCCACCGCAGAAGAGUCCGCCGCCUCCAUCGCCACCUCCACCUGUCCUCACGACGGUCGGUCGCAGACGUGCCCGCAGACACGGUGGCACGGUCCGGUCCACAGCUCUCAAUCAAUCUAGUCCCGCAGCCAUUAUCGUUCCCCGAACAAUCAUGUACCAUGGUCCUUGGCCGGGCGAGUGCGGGACGUACGAGGACCCGCGAAACAAAUAUAAUAAGGGACGGCAGCGAAUCGAUAAGAGAUCGACGGCGGCGACUUCGCGCGAUUCUCAUGGGACUCGCCGAGACCCCGCCCCGCGCGCGCAUUGUCUUAAAGAGGUUUCCCGGACCCAGGGCCAGAGGGAUUAUACUCGGGAAACGUGUGGUGAUGGUCGGUAG